AUGUUCUCGGCCGCCCUCAUGUUCAUGCCCGCCUUUUCCUACGAUGGCCCUCACUUACAAUAUCUGCGUUCUCCACAGGGCAAAGUUGCCGAGCUGCGCCUCGAGCUUCAGAGCGGCGGCAAGAAGGACAAGAACCACUCAGCCAAGAAGAUCGCAUUGAAGAAGAUUGUCGCCAACAUGACCAUGAGCAACAACGACAUGGUCGCCCUCUUCCCCGACAUCGUCAACUGCAUGAACAUUUCGAGCCUCGAGAUCAAGAAGAUGUGCUUUUUGUACUUGGUCAACUAUGCGCGCAUCAAGCCCGAAGUUGCGCUCAAGGCGUUGCCUAUAAUUGUCAAUGACAUGGAAGAUAGCAAUCCUCUUGUGCGCGCCUUGGCUCUGCGAACCAUCUCCUAUAUCCACGUCCGCGAGUUCGUCGAGGCUACGGUGAGCCCGCUGAAGCACCUGCUCAAGGACGGGGAUCCAUACGUGCGGAAGACCGCUGCUUUCUGUGUCGCCAAACUUUACGACCACGACAAGCAUCUCGUCGAGCACUCAGACCUGAUCGACAGGCUGAACAGCAUGCUGAGAGACGAAAAUCCCACCGUCAUUUCCAGCGCGCUAGCAUCUCUCAUGGACAUUUGGGAACGAAGCGAGAGUAUCAAGCUCACAAUCGACUAUGCCAGCGCGUCCAAGAUUGUGCAGAUUCUGCCCGACUGUUCAGAAUGGGGUCAAACCUAUAUUCUCGAAGCAAUGAUGAAUUACGUUCCGCAGGACACAGCAGAAGCCGCCCUCCUUGCCGAAAGAAUUGCGCCAAGAUUAUCUCAUUCGAAUUCUGCCGUUGUUCUCACAUGCAUAAGAGUCAUUCUCUACCUCAUGAACUACAUUUCCGACCAGAGAGUCGUCACUUCGCUCUGUAAUAAGCUUUCGCCGCCCCUCGUUACCCUUCUCUCGAAAGGCCCCGAAAUCCAGUACCUCGCCCUCCGCAACGCCCUUCUAAUCUUGCAGCGCCGGCCUGAGGUCCUUCGCAACGACAUCCGCGUGUUCUUCUGCAAAUAUAAUGAUCCCAUUUACGUCAAGGUGACGAAGCUGGAAUUAAUCUUCAUGCUUGCCACUGAGCGCAACAUAAAGGAGGUGUUGACCGAACUGAGGGAGUACGCCACUGAAAUCGAUGUCGACUUCGUGCGCAAGUCCGUGCGAGCAAUUGGCAAGCUUGCCAUCAAGAUCGAGCCUGCCGCAAGGCUGUGCAUCAACACGCUGCUGGAACUUGUGGCAACAAAGGUGUCCUACAUUGUCCAGGAAGCUACAGUUGUCAUCAGGAACAUCUUCCGCAAAUACCCCAACCAAUAUGAGUCCAUCAUCUCGACAUUGUGCGAGAAUCUAGAUUCUCUGGACGAGCCCGAAGCCAAGGCAGCCAUGAUCUGGGUCAUUGGCCAAUACGCAGACCGUAUCGACAACUCCGAUGUCCUGCUAGACGAUUUCCUCUACACGUUUGCAGAGGAGCCUCACGAAGUGCAAUUAGCACUACUCACCGCCACGGUGAAGCUUUUCAUCCAACGUCCAACCAAGGGACAAGAACUCGUGCCCAAAGUCCUGCGUUGGGCGACAGAAGAGACCGACAACCCGGAUCUCCGCGACCGCGGCUACAUGUACUGGCGACUACUUUCAUCCGACCCCGCCACGGCUCGGAAGGUCGUCAUGGGCGACAAACCCGCCAUCACGGCCGAGUCGGAGAAACUGGACCCGGCAACGCUGGAGGAAAUGUGUCUCAACGUCGGCACCCUCGCCACCGUCUACCUCAAGCCCGUCAACCAGGUGUUCCGCUCCGCCCGCCAGAGGAAGCUGCAGGACUCGUCGGCGCUGCAGCGCCACACGCUGCCCACCGUCAUUGCCGCCGCCGACGCGGCCAAGCAGCGCAGCCGGACCAUGCCCCCGGCAAUUGACACGUCCGGCGCCACUGCGGCCGCAGCAGCAGCGAACGGCAACAUGGCGAGCGCGGUCGAUGCCGCGGACCUCUACUUUGCGGGCGUGGGCAGCCAGCAGAUGUCGAACCUGAGCAUCUCGAACGGCAGCGGCUUCGGCGGAAACAGCCCCGUUGCCGGUGCCCAGAGCAACAUGUACGUCGUCAACCAGAACCAGCCGCAACAGGUAUACCAGCCGGCCGUCGGACCGGGCAACGGCGAUCUGUUGCUAUUGUAA